AGCAGACCCCUUUUAGGGGGGAUUUGGUUGUGUAGACAAAAAAAAAAACAUUCAAAGUCUAGUCUUUUAUCUCUCAACUUUCUCUCUCUAAAAAUUUUUUUAAAAAAAAAGAAAAAGAAAAAGAAAAAGAUGGAGUUAGCAUUGAGUUUGGGAAACAGAGGUGUAGAGAGUAACAGUGCGGGCUACUGCAUGGGAUCAUCAAGAUCAACGGCUGAGAAAGAGGAAGAAGAUGAUCAGAGAGAAAUUAACGGUGGAGGUUCAUCGUCAUCGUCAGAUCCAUCAAGGCUUCAGCUUGAUCUGCUACCUUUGUCGCCUGUUCCGCGUUCUAUUCAACCACCUCCUCCUCUUCGCUUUCCUUGGCUUACUGAUAAUUUGAGUUCUGAACCGGGUUCAUCAGACGGACCGGGUUCUAAAAUCAUGGAUCCAAACCGGCGGCCCGCGGUGGAGACAACGGCGGAGGAAGUCGAGGAACAAUCGUCUCCGAACAGCGGAACGUCGUCGUUUAUGGAGUUUUCUCUAUAUACUAGUAAUAAUAAUAAUAAGAGAGGAAAUGAAAAUAAUAAUAAUAACAAUAAUUAUGGGCAAGAAAUGAUAGGGGCAACAACUUCAAAGGGAAGUGAUGAUGAAGAGAAUGGAUCCACUCGGAAAAAGCUUAGGCUUUCUAAGGAACAAUCGGCUUUUCUUGAAGAGAGCUUUAAAGAGCACCAUACUUUGAACCCUAAGCAAAAGCUUGCGUUGGCUAAGCAACUCAAUCUUCGGCCUCGUCAAGUGGAAGUUUGGUUUCAGAAUAGACGAGCCAGGACGAAGCUGAAGCAGACAGAGGUAGAUUGCGAGUAUUUAAAGAGGUGCUGUGAGACGUUGACAGAAGAGAACAGGAGAUUACAAAAGGAGCUUCAGGAAUUAAGAGCCUUGAAAACUUCACAGCCUUUCUACAUGCAACUUCCUGCUACUACUCUUACUAUGUGCCCUUCUUGUGAGCGUGUGGCCCCUACUUCUACUACUACGUCCACUCCCACCGUUGCUGCCUCUGCCUCUGCCCCUGCCCCUGCCCCGGCUACUCCUACCCCCGUUGUCGCUAAGCCCACCGCUGCUGUUACUGUCGCCACUAAUGGCACCGCCGCUGCUUCGGGCGAUAAUAAUGCUAGUACUAAUAAUGAUCAUGAUGAUGAUAAUGUUACCUUGUCUCUUGGUAAGCCUAAGGUGUCCAUGUUGCCCUUUUGUAAUGGUAAAGCUCAUCAGGCUGCUUCAUGAAUCAUGAGAUCAUGUACUGGCUAUUUUAGCCUUUUUUUUCAUGUACAAAAAAUGAGUUUUUUUUUUCUUUAAUUUCUAGAAAAAAAAAAAUUCUUUUUUUUUUAUUUUUAUUUUUUUAUUUUGGUUGGAUUCUUUUUAAUUGUGAUGAUGAUAGCUUCAAUAUUGUUUGUUGCUUGAUUGGAUGGAUUGCUAGUUUGUGACCUUGUAGAGAAUUUUAGAUGCUUUAAAGUUGGAAAAAGAAAACAAAAGAUUAGUGAUAUGACAAGAGUGUUCUUAGUCUUACAAUAUUAACUUUCAUUAGGAAAUUAUGUUAUCCCUUGGAAUUUUGGCUUUUUAGGGGUUUUUUCAUCAUGAUGCUCCCUUUGUAAUUUAGUAAAUUACCCAUGAUGUUAUAGUUACUAAUUUCAAAUCAA